GAAAGUGGGCUGGAUAAAUGCAAUGAGAUCGCAACUCGAGAUCCCGCAUAAUUUUGAUUGUAAAAAUCCCUAUUCGUCUUUCUCUACUUUCUUUACCAAUUUCUUUUCCUUCUGCAAGUCCUUGUUCUGUGUUUGUGCAAGAUCCUUUAAUUUCCACGCCACGGAAUCACAAGGCAUCUUCACAUCUAGUCAUCGGCAUCUGAUCCCUCUCCAAGUAUCUCAAAAUGCUAUUCAGGCCAAUCACUCUUUUUUUCGGUGCUGCAGUGGCUUUGAAAAUCCGAGGAAAUAGAAACGGCAGUACAGUUCUGACUACCAUCAAUUAUGGUGCAUUUACCCCAACUGCAACAUACUCUGUCGCCCAACAACUAGGAUUUUUUGCGGCUUAUGAUUUGGAUGUCGUUUACACUCAAGUCCCCAACUCUACAUAUGCUUACGCACAAACACUCAACGGCGCUUUUGAUGUCUUGACCGGAACCAUCGACAAUGCCGUUAAUUUGCGUUUGAACUCAGGCAAAGAACUCACAGUUCUGGGUCAAUUAGAUGAAGGUCCUGACUUGGUUCUUGCUUCCGUUCCAAAUAUUACAUCGGUCGAAGAUUUGAAGGGGAAGCCACUGAUUGUCGAUUCACCGGUUAGUGGAUAUGCAUACCUUUUACAAAAAGUAUUGAGCGAAUAUGGUCUUUACUUAUCCAAUGGCGAUUACUACUUCAUGACCGUUGGAGGUACACCUCUCAGAUAUGCCGACUUAGUUGCUGGGGUCCUUCCCAACGGAACAGAAGUGUACGCAACAAUGCUCUUAUAUCCAUUUACAGCCGAAGGAAAAGUUCUCGACGCCUCCGAGAAGCCUAACAUUCUCGCGACGGUUAGCGAGUUUGUUAAUCCUGUCUCUUCCUCUGCUUUCACCACCAGUCAAGCCGCACUUUCAGAUCCUACUCAAGUCGAUAAAUUGACUCGAUUCAUUAGCGCUAUGUACGCCGCCAAUCUAUAUCUUCUCAACUCUACCAACCAAGCUUGUACUACAAGCGCCAUUGCAACUCAACUUGGCGUCACAGCCGAAGUUGCUGCGCUUGAAUACACAUCAGCAACAUCAUCGAGCUCUGGAGAAAUAAGUGUUGGAAGUAACUUCACUGUUAGCUCUACAGGUCUUAUCAAUGUAAUUGACGUUAGACAAGAGUUUGGGGGGUUCAGCAGUUUAUCAUCGUCGUACGAUUUCAUGGAUGCUAUCGCUCCGGGAACUGGAAAAUUGAUUGAUUACACCAUUAGAGAUGCGGCAGUUGCAGCGCUGAAGACGCGGCUCUUAGAAACAAUUUGUUAAAUUGAUACAGAGAGAUAAUCAAGUAACAGAAUUAUUGGAGGCCGUGUUGUGGUAAUAUAAACGUAAUAUAUCAUGUACGUUGUUCAUUCAUCUUAUAGACA